GCAUGUGGUUAGUGACGUCAUGGCGAUGAUAUAUACCAAGCGCACACAGUUCAUUCGAAUCUUGUAUUUACGACAAGAUGUACCUAAAAAGCAAAAUAUGGUCGAGCUUUCUAACAAUGACCGUUUUUAUCAACACUGCAUCUGAUUUAGUCCGAGCCGCAUCCUCUUGCAAAUCCUUAGGAUUAUGUCCAUUGCCCAAAGGACUCAAAAGCACCGGACUGGAGAAUGGUGUUGUAGAUCCAUGGCCCCCAGCCAGGAACACUGACACGCCAGAGCGUUGCCUACCGAUGGGAAAACACAAGAUGAGGUUUACAUGCAAUCAGGGUUAUCGUUUGCAGACAACAGAAAUAGAAACAUUUUGUAAUGAUAUGUAUAAAUGGAACCAAGAAGCGCCAACUUGCGUUGGAGAUGUCAUAAACGCUUCCACCGAACGCCAGCACUUUAUGCCCCCACCACCUUGUGCCGAGUGCGCAGGAGGAUCGUUGAUGAUAGUAAUUUUUGUCCUCUCGUUACUGCUGUUGUUAAGCUGGCUGGUUUUUAUUUUGGUUUUCAUCUACAGAAGAAAUGUUCCCGAAUUUGGACACACACUACACCGGCCGACCAUCGCACACGCUGAAAAUCGACCGAAAAUUACUGAAGUACCAAAUAUAAACAUAUUACAGCUGGGAGCGAGACCUCCAAUACCGAUACAUGAAGGUACCAUAGAAGACGACAGAGAUCCCGAUUACGACUACGUAGACAGGAACAUAAUCAAAGGAAACGUUUACAAGUGACUCUCUCGAAAAGUAUGAAUAUUAUCGAUAGAGACCUAAUACAAGAAAGAUCAUUAGCAGUAACAAUCUGCAAUUGGUCCAUUUGGCCAAUAUUUUUGAGGAAUCAUGCAAGUUAUUAACUUCAAAUGAAAAUAAGUCGACAAACAUUAUGUAUGGAGCAAUUAAAAAUAAUAAAUAAUGGUAUUAAUUCUCCUAUAUUAAUAUAAAACGCCGCUCUGAAAUGCAUAUAACAAUGUGGUCCUGGUGUGAAGCACUUAACGUCAGGAUAUGUAUAAUAUUAUCGUCACCAUUUCUAAAUAUACAAUUGACACAUUAAUGCUAUCGAUAGCAUAGUAUAAAUACACCAUUUAAAAGUAAUCACACUGUGAUAGUCGUAUAACUGAACACUUUGUGCACUAAGAGAUCUAACAUUGAAGGGUGGAUUUGUAUUUUCACAAAUCACUGUAAAGUUUGAGCUUACGUACUUUUUUUCGAUUUCAAUUCAUAAGCCAAAAUAUUUGUUAAACAAAAUCAGGCAAGAUAAUCCACAUGACAAAACCACGACACUAGCGCUCGACCGGUACGCCUAAUCCUACCGUAUAGAGUCCACAAAACAGAAUAGCGUAAUUUUUCACCAAUUGGCAUUAGUAGAAUAGACAGGAGAAUGCUCUUACCGUAAAUUCUCGAAUAAGCGCCGCUCUCGCAUAAAAGCCGCACCAAAUGUUAUUUUUUUACCAAGUGCCGCUCUCAAAAUAUCCCCGCAGUGCUUAUUCGAGAGUACAUAAUUAUUACCCUGUGUGUAAUGAAACACUUUCAGAAACAGGAUUUUAAAAACAAUGUACACAGUGUUCAAAUGAAUAAAUAACAUACUGAAGACACAAGCAUAUUUUUAUAAACGUUUAUUACUAUAAUGUAGAUGAAUGUUUCAAUUCAAUUCAAUUUAAUUUCAACUUUAUUAACGUGCUUGCGGAAAAUGUGUUGAGUGUGCACUAGUUAUACGUUGUAGUCUAAUUUUUUUCUCCACUCUACUUCCGCGCGCUAAUUCGAAGAUUUACGGUAAUUUGUUUAGUUUUAGUGAUAAAAAUCAUGCAAUUAUAUAAUAAUAAUAAUAAUAAUAAUAAUAAUAAUAAUAAUAAUAAUAAUAAUAAUAAUAAUAAUAAUAAUAAUAAAGAUUUAUUAAGCGCACAUCUCCACCAAUGGUGCUCAAGGCGCAAUGUCAAUUUCACCACAAAAUAAAAAAAAUCCAUAUUAAUUCUCAGAAGAAUUUCGAGCAGAAGUUUGAGUUGGCUGAUUGGCUAAUUAAUUUGUCUUCUUAGUUUAACUGAGACAAAUAUGUACGGUAUAUUUGUCUCAGCUUUAAAGACUGGACCCAUGAAUGGUUGAAUUUCUAAACCAUAGUCACACUGGAUUGAUGUCAAAACCUCCAGGCUAACAGACAAACUCAAUUAAUGUUCCAAACAAAUUUAAAGAAACAAUUUUGAUAUUGAUAUUAUCAAUCAAAAUUGUAGCCAUUUAAACACCACGAUGAAAUCAUGAAUAACGUGUAAGAAUUACUAGUUUACAAACAAUAAUGUUGACUUUUAUCGAUAUCUUAAAUAAAUAUUAUAUUAUUACUUUUGUUAGUGACGACGUUUUUGACGUAGUGUUAAUAUAUUGAUAUUCUAUUCUAAAAUAAAAGUUGAUAGAUUGACUGACAGACUGACUGACUAACUUACUGACUGAUUAAUUGAUCGAUUGAUCGAUCGAUUGACAUAUUACUGUCUCAAUGAUUGAUUGCUUGACUGAGUGAGUGAGUGGGUGAGUGAGUGAGUGAAUGAUUACUUGCUACAAUAUCGAAUAGGCCUAUUUACCCAUCAAAAAUCUACUGCAAUUGUAUAUUAUGUGGUUGCCUAUUGUGGACGGGAUCAUUCGUCGUUUAAAUAAAUGUUGAUUUUAUGUUUUUACUAUUUUGACUUAAAAUCCAUAAGCAUAUUUUUAAAUCAAUGACGCCACUAAAGAAAUUCUUCCAAAGCGGUUGUCAAUUCUAUUUUUUCAUGUGAUUAGUUUGUAAACCAAUACUUUCUGUUUUGUAUUUAUUUUAUUCUAAGAAUUAUUUCUUAUCGAUGCGUGUGUAGACUACUUUUCUUCAAUACACUUUAAGGGAUUAAAUGACUUUGUGGUCAUAAGUGAUGUCACGACGACGAUAGAAUGAAGCUAAGAUAUUUCACUCGAUCGCGUCUGGUAUUUAUGGCGAGAUGUAUCUAAGGUGUAAACUCGUUGCAAACCUUCUCACGCUGUUUAUCAGUACCACAGAUAUAGUCCGUGCUGUAUUCUCUUGUAAAGAUUUAGAAUUAUGUCCGAUACCAAAGGGACUCGGAAUUGCGGGGUUAGACAAUGGUGUUGUAGAUCCAUGGCCGCCGGUCAGGGACACUGAUACGUCAAUGCCUUGCCUUCCAAACGGCAAAGACAAAAUGAAAUUCAUUUGUGAUGAUGGAUUUCGGUUGCAGACAACAGAAGUAGAAAUAUUUUGUGACGAGCAAUAUAAUUGGAACCAAGAUGCGCCAACUUGCGUUGAUGAAGCUGUUCCAUCUAAAUCUACUGUACACAAACCACCACCUCCGCCGCCAUGCAACGAGUGUGCAGAUGAAUCAUUAUUAAUUGUCAUCAUUGUCCUUGCGUUGAUGUUUUUGAUGAGCUGGGUCAUUUUUAUUUUGAUUUUCACCUGUAAAAGGAGUGUUCCUGUUGGACAUACAAUACGCGAACCCGUCAUAGUACACGACGAAAAUCGGCCGACUGUUACAGCUGUUGGAAAUACAAUACCCGAACCCAUCAUAGUACACAGCCGAAGUCGACCGACAAAUAUUCACUUGCCAAAUAACAGCAUACAGCUGAGAACAAGACCCCCGAUGCCAGAACCCAGGGAAGUUGCCACGUCACACGAAAGAGAUCCACAGUAUGACUACGCAGACACGAGCAAAAUAAAGCAAAAUUGCGAAAGUGAUUAUCUUGAACCGUAUGUUUGCAAUCGAUAACGAUG